AGUCGUAGUUGGAACGCAGUGAUUUAUACUUCAAACUCCGCGGGACCGUUCAAAACACCGAGCCGUUGUCACAUCUCAUGUAUACGUCGACAAUAAUAAUAUUUAUCGAUUCACCGUCGAUUCUAUGUGCACAUUCUGAGUUGGGUCGUGGGCGAUUGCUUAACUAUAGCGUUAUUAUAACGAUCAUCCAAUCUUCAGCUAGAGUAAUUGAACAAAAGCGACGACAGAAAAUAUACGUGUGAUCAACGAACACCUCGGCUAGGAAUUGAAUGAAAAGAACCGAAAUGGAUUUGUUGUGAAAUCUAUAACCACUAUAAGGCGUCGGCAUGGUAAAACGCACAUUGGCCAACACCGUGUAUCCGGUGGUGGAACUGACCAAAAAUGACGACGGAAAAUUCGUGUUAUCGUCAAACUCGACCAUGAAAAACUUUUCUAUCGUAUUCAACCUGGACGAGGAAUUCGACGAGGAGACGUUGGACGGCCGUCAAGUCAAGGCGAUCAUCAGACAAGAUGGAAACAAGCUGGUGCACGUUCAAAAACACAGCAAGCACAGCGACACCACGAUCGUCAGAGAAUUCGAACCCGAUCAAUUGAAAAUGAUCCUAACUAUCGACGGAAUCACCUGCACCAGAAUCUACAAAGCAAUCGAAUAAAUACAAUUAUACAUUAUUAUACUAUAUUGUAAAUGAUUCAAUCGAUUCGGAUAUCCGCUGCAGUUCUAUGCAAAAUUUGGACUACUAGCUAUACAUUAUAAAUAUUAUAUUAAAUAUAUAAUAAAUAAAUUAUUAAUAUAUCAUGAUUACACAAAAAUAAAUAAUUAAUUAAUUUUUAA